AUGAACAGUAUUUUAACAAAACAAAGAAAAAUCAUGCCAUAUAUUGCUGGAUCAAUCGUCCUUGGUGGUAUCGCAGUCGCCAUCUAUCGUCGUCGUCAAUUCUCCAAAUGUACCGCGGGUCAUACAUUUAAAGGGAUCUUCAACUCUGUGGAGUUACCAAUUGUCAAAAUUAUUGAAGAGACCCAUGAUACAAAGCGGUUUAUUUUCCAAUUGCCUGCAGACUCUACAAACAACGGACUGACACUUUCCUCUAUGAUCCUUGCCUCUGCAAAAGUCCAAGAUGGAUCUAAUGUCACUAGGCCAUACACUCCUAUCAACAAAGUUGAUUCCGCCGAGAACAUUGAAUUAUUAGUGAAACAUAUGCCACAAGGUAAGAUGUCUGGUCAUUUAUUUGGAUUGAACGUUGGUGAUAAAGUAUCAUUUAGAGGUUCUGUGAGCACCUAUAAGUAUGUUCCAAACAAGUUUGAUGUGAUGACGUUAUUGGGUGCAGGUAGUGGUAUUACGCCAUUAUAUCAAUUAGCUCAUAAUGUGAUUGAAAAUCCCCAAAACAAGACUAAAAUCAAAUUGUUGUAUGGUAAUAAGACCGUUGAAGAUAUUCCUUUCAAAAAGGAAUUGGAUCAAUUGCAAAACAAGUAUCCCGAAAAUUUCGAAGUUGUAUAUUUUGUUAGUGAUCCAAAAGCUAGUGACUUCAAAGGUGAAAUUGGUAAUAUCAGCAAAGAUUAUUUGAAGGCAAAUAUUGCCCAUCCUCAGGAGAAUACACAACUGUUUGUCUGUGGACCUUCAGGGUUCAUGAAGGCAGUCUCUGGCGAGAAGAAAAACUUAAUCAUUCAAGGUUCCUUGUCUGGGUAUCUUCAAGAACUUGGGUAUUCGAAGUCACAAGUCCACAAAUUCUAA